AUGGCCGGUUAUGAAAAGGAAGGAGAAGAAACUUCAUCCCGGGGGGUUGACUGGGAAGUCGUGUCUCUCACGGCAUCUGCAUAUGCUGCUGCACCUGGCAAUGAAGGAACUAGCUUCGUUGGUGGCAGUAAAGAUAGAGAUUUUGAUGGGGACGACAGUGGAUACGCUAGGGCGAUGUUUAUGUCUGGUCAUUUUGUAUUCCCACCCAGUGCGCACGAGAAUCUGCCCCUGGAACCUGACAAUAACGAAAUCCUUAACCGAUCGCAGUUGGAAGAUGCAGAUAUAAUUCAGGAGGAAGCUGAUGUAAUUGACAAGGAUGGGGACAAGAUUUCGACCGGCAAAGGCUUAUCUAAAAAUGAUAAUCUCCAUGCCAUUCAGUUCUCUGAUAUGAGUGAGAGGCUUUCUGUCAGUGGUGUAAUGCCUGAAGAAGACAUGGCAACUUUGCAAGGAUACAAAUUAGAUGAGGAAGGGAGGAGGAUGUGCAGCCAUCCUGGUUGCACGGAAGGUGAAACAGAUGAAGGUGGGUCAGUUCAAUUUGAUGACGGAAACGACAUUGCUGCAUCAGACGAUUCAUCAAGCAAGAGUUCAGGUUUUUCUUCAAAGCCACUUAAUCAUUCCAAGUAUAGCGGGUCUGGAAUCCCCUGUGAAUCGUGGUGGAAGAGGCGAGCAGCAGCACUGUAUGCUCAUGCAAAGGAGGCGGGUACCUUGUGGUCUCUCUGUGCUGCUGCUGCUCUGAUGGGCCUUGUGAUUUUGGGACAGCGGUGGCACCAGGAAAGGUGGCAAAUUCACCACUUUAAUUCUCGGUUCAGCAUCAAUGAGGAGGUAUGACGGAUAAAUCAUAGAAAAUCCUUUUACUAUCAAUAAACAUACAUUUAAGUAAGGUCUCAACACUUCUACCUGGGUUUUACUGGGAAUUUUGACCAUAUACGAAUUUGCUCCUAUUUUUUCAUUUACUUUCACUUGUAUUAUGUUUAUAUUUUUUUGGUAGUCAUCGUAUUUGACUUUUACUCGAUGUAGCUAGAGAAAUGACAUCAAGAUAUGAUGAUCUUUCUAUUUCUACUUAUAAUCGGACUCCUUUUAAGUCGAAAAUGAACAUAUUCCUACCCUUUCCCUUGUUGUCUUGUUGUAUUACACAAGAAUCAAGAAACAGCAUAAAAUUAUAGCAUUCAGAAGAAGUUACAAGAGUUUGCGUACCUUACCCUUUUUGGCUUUGUAGAACUUUGAGAUCGACUUUAAUAUAUAGUAUUCCCUACAUUCUAAUGUUGCUAUGAUUGCUAUUAAUGUUAAUGGGCGAAAUGAAAUUCUUACGCUAGUUUGCCAGGCAGAGAUCCAGCGUUUAGCUGUUCUAUUAGUUCCCAAGAGAAUUGCGAGAAAGAAAAAGAAAAUUGUCCUCCAUAGCUUCGGGCCAGAAUUGUCGAACGUUUAUUUGCUCCAGACUGAGGAUCUGAUUCACUACUGCUUUCUAAUUUCUUCCCUUUUUCUCUCCAAGCCUUGUACCAGUAUAGAAGGUGAUCCAAUCAUCCAGCUUACAACGCUCCCGUUUAACCCGUUGAAUCGAUUUCUUUUGUUCUAUAAUUCCUGCUUCAUUCCCAUCCGAGCUUCUGAUCUGUUCGUACUCUCUGCCGUUUCUAUGGGCAGAGAAUAAGCCGGAUUCUGGCCCCGGUCAGCCGCUUCAAGUACGCCAUCGCAGGCGGCGGCCACCGGCGGCCUCCGGCGGCCAUGUCUCCUUCCCUCUGA